AUGGACGACCGUCGCCCCCAAGUACUGGUCGUUUCCAUUGUCUUUUUCGUCAUCGCCUCCAUCUUCGUCGCUCUGCGCUUCGUGUCGCGUCUCUGCAUUGUGCGCAAAGUUGGUCUUCAUGAUUAUUUAAUGCUCUUGGCCUGGAUUCUUGACUUUGGUUUCUCCUUCUCCCUCUUCUAUGCGACCAGCAAAGGCUUGGGUCUCCACGACCCCGACAUUGACGCCGCCGCUCGUCCAAGUCUCAAUCGCGCCAAUUAUGCCUUUACCGUACUCUACAACCCGGCUUUGAUGGCCGUUAAAACCUCCAUUCUCGUCUUCUACCUGACCUUGACGCAAGGUGAAAAAGUGUUCCGCUGGGCCAACUACGUGACUCUCGCCGUCGUGAAUGCCGCCGGUCUGGCCCUGACCUUGGUCAAUGUCUUCCAGUGUCGCCCCGUCGGCGCUGCCUUCGCCUACCCCAAGCCGCCCGAUGCGACCUGCAGCGACAUCCUGACUCUAUACCUCUCGUCCUCCCCCGUCAACAUCAUCACCGACUUGGCCAUUCUCUUUCUGCCCAACCCCAUCCUCACCCAGAUGCGCCUCCCGCGCAAGCAAAAGAUUAUCCUGGUCAUUACCUUCAGUUUCGGUUUCUUCGUCGCCGUUGUCGAUGUCAUCCGCAUUGCCUAUUUGCAGAACGCCGCGACUUCGCGCCAAGUGGCUCUGAAAGAGCUUCACCUCCAAGACUCCCCCGGCGAUGACUUCAAUUGGUUUGCCUCUUUGUCGUUCAUGUGGUCCGUCGUCGAAGUCAACGUGUCGGUCAUUUGCGCCUGCGUGCCCAGUUUGAAACCGCUGGUAGCUCGUAUCCUUCCCAAAUUGAUUCGCGAUUCCGAUGGCAGCUCGCAGCCGACGCUCGAUCCUGCCAUGCCCGAGCUGCCAGAGAUGGCCGAGCCUCCGUCUCCGAAUGCGAUUCCGAGCGGCCUCAAUACUGUACCGCAAACCGAGCAUCAGAGUAAACCAAACUCGCAGUCGGGGAGUCGCAGCAGCGGUAGUCCAAGAAACAUAGAAGGCCCCAUCGACAUGCUCCAGUUCUUGACGGUCCGUGACCCGGCAUCUGCGGAUGCCGAAGCUGCAGAGACCAACACGGCAACCAUCACCAGCGCCUCCUACCCCCCGACGAUCACGUUCUUCGAUUUUGUCAAUAUGCGAACCCCGACGAGCAUGCUCAAAUUGAGCAACAAGGAAUCAAUUGCGCCCGUGGCCCUGACUACCGUUCUCUUUUUCUUGUGGGGCUUCGCCUACGGACUGCUGGAUAUCCUCAAUAGCCAAUUCCAGCAAAUUGUGCGACUGGAUGCGUGGCGUUCGCUGGGUCUCCACGCCGUCUACUUCGGAGGGUACUUCGUGGGACCUCCUUUGGUCGGUCGGGUCGUGCUAAAGCGAUGGGGUUUCAAAGCCACCUUCAUUACGGGCCUGUGUAUAUACGCCUGCGGCACUCUGAUCUUCUGGCCGUCGGCCGUGCUGACCUCGUACUCCGCUUUUACCAUAUCGAACUUCAUCGUGGGAUUUGGUCUGGCCGUGCUGGAGACCGCCGGCAACCCGUUUAUUGCGCUCUGCGGGCCGCUGGAGAACUCCGAAAUCCGCCUGAAUAUUUCCCAGGGAGUUCAGGCGGUCGGCAGUGUCCUCUCGCCGCUGUUGGCCAAGAAGGUCCUGUUCCGAUCCGUGACCGACGUCUCGGCCUUGGUGGACGUGCAGUGGACCUAUCUGGGCAUUGCGUUGUUCGACGUGCUGCUGGCCGUGGCUUUCUAUUACCUCCCUAUUCCGGAAGCAUCGGACGAAGACCUGGAGGAACUAGCCAACCGGCGUCGCGCAGACAACAUGACCAAGGUGCUAGGCGUUCCCGUGAUCUGGGUGACGCUGGCGUUGGGGGUCUUUUCGCAAUUUUUCUACGUGGCCGGACAGGAGGUGUUGUCCCAAAGCUUCGCCAGCUUUGUCGACUCGGCCGACCCUGGAUCCAGCCUUGAUAGCUUCCAAUAUUUGACCAUCGGCCAUUCGGUAUUCGCCGUGGGACGAUUCCUCGCCGCCUUCUUGCAGUGGUUCUUGAAACCACGGUGGAUUCUCCUUCUGUCUUACGUUGGCAUGAUCGUCUUCGCCGUGCUCUGCAUGAAGACUACCGGAUCUGCGGCCGUCGCGAUGGGACUCAUGGUGUACCUGUUUGAAAGUGGCGCGUUCAGCAUUAUCUUCGCGAUUGCCCUGCGCGGCACGGCGCAGCACACCAAGACGGCCGCCUCACUGCUAACCAUGGCCAUCAGCGGCGGUGCCUGCUUUCCCUUCGCCCAGUAUGCCGCCGAAGUGGCCGGCGGCGUCUCUUUCUCCUACAGUGUCCUGGUGGCCAUGUUCUGCGCCGGAGCCAUCUUCCCGCUGUACCUGAAUCUGGUUCCUGCAGCCAAGAAGCAAGUCGACCCCGUUCCGAACGAGUAUCUGCGCCGUCAUCGACGCCGCAGCCGCGCCAAGCCGAACGCCGUUCAGCGAGAGAAAGAGAACCCAUCAAUCGGAGGUGUCUUCUCGCGCCGACGCAGCGUGUUGUCAGAGCCGCUGUCCACCGUACACCUCCCCGAUCAAUCGCAGUCGCAGUCACAGUCGCAGUCGAACAACCCUCCGACCACCAAGCGUUCGUCCAUCCAGGGCGGACUCAUGCAUGAUCUGGCCCCGUGGCCUGAAAACUGA